UGUUAUCAAAGUUAUCAACGAUAUAACUAAUAAGAUGAUCUCAUAUCGUUACCUUUCAAGUGUUAUACUGUGUAAAAAUAUACUUAUCAUCAUUAUUUUAUAAACGUCUUUAUAUAUGUAUGUACAUAUACACAUAUACAUAUAUAUAACUGAAUUUGUAUUGUAUUAGAGCACUUAGUAUCAUUUAUCUUCUAAUUGAAACUGGUAGUGAUAUAACUUGUUACAAAGAUGAGUGUAUUCUUGAAUAAAUUGAGUCAACAAGUAUUAAGAUUUGCAGAAAAAUAUUUUAGAACAAGAAAUAUGUUGGUAGAAAAUUAUCAUCAACAUGGAGCUUUGAGCGAACAUAUUUCUUUCUCUAAGGAUUUCUUAUUUCAACAGUUAUUCGAUCCAGUGUCCAGUACAUACACAUAUUUACUUGCUGAUAUUAACAAUAAAGAAGCUGUUUUAAUUGAUCCAGUCAUUGAAUGGGCUGAUCGAGAUAAAAAAAUCAUUGAGGAACUUGGUUUAAAUUUAAAAUAUGCUGUGAACACACACAUGCACGCAGACCACAUUACAGGAACGGGCCGAUUGAAAUCAUUAUUACCAGGUUGUCGAUCGAUGAUCUCCCGCAAUAGUGGUGCGGAGGCCGACAUUCUCUUGGAGCCACGAGACCACAUCAAAUUUGGCAGACAUUAUCUGGUGGUGAUACCCACACCUGGUCAUACGGAAGGAUGCGUGACGUAUGUAUGUGACGAACAGGGAAUCGCUUUCACGGGUGAUGCUUUGUUAAUACGUGGAUGUGGAAGGACAGAUUUUCAGGGUGGCUCACCAGAAACAUUAUACAAAUCUGUACACGACAAUAUAUUUACUUUACCAUUAUACUACAGACUAUAUCCUGCGCACGAUUACAACGGUAGAACUGUGACUACUGUUGCAGAAGAAAAAUUGUUGAAUCCUAGAUUAUCUAAAUCAUUGGACGAAUUUGUACAUAUUAUGAAUAAUCUCAAUCUUCCUUAUCCAAAAAUGAUUGACAAGGCAGUACCAGCAAACAAAGUUUGCGGAGUCUUUGAAGUUAAUAAGGAGAAGGAUAAAUAAAGAGAAACUUUCAUCAACCCUUUCCUCGCUAAAUAUAAGAUAAGAUAGUCUUCUUUUUUAUUAUUAUUAUUAUUUCUAUUUCUUCUUUUUUUAGAAAAGAGAAGAGGUGGAGAGAGAAAAGAAUUAGUAUUAUUUUAAUAUUUAUAAAAAUUUUAAUCACACAGGUGAUAGGGAUGAUUUUUUUUUUACAAAAUUUACAGUUUUCAAGAUAAUUGAAAACUUUUUUCAAGUAAUACUGCGUAAGUAAUAUGCGUACUAUUUCGAGCAAUUAUAAUACGAAUAUUUAAUAAUAACAAAACUGCAUGCAUAAUACAUAUUUGCAUAUAUCAGAGAAGAUCGUAGAUGUGCAAUAACACAAGCAUAAUAUUAUUUUUAUUUAUUUUAAUUUAAAUAUUUAUACUUAGCAUAAUAAUAAUAAUAA